UGCACUGGCUGGGUCUCUUAUUGUGUAGAGGAAUGUCUUAGUCUGUGGCUCCUGUGGGUGUAGCUAAAGCACGAACCAGGAGUCUUCAUCCUUAGAAAGCAAUUAGACAGACACCUCAGAACCAAUCCCAUACUGCAGCCUUCCACAGAACCUUCUGAAACCUUCUGGAAUGUAACUCAUUACUGCCAGAGAGACUUUGAUGAGAGUCUACUCUCCACCAUUUUUCUUCGAAGAGAAUACCCACAUAUUCUCUUUCCAUGGAAAGGCUUGGAAAUCUAGUGUAUAUUUUACACUAACACCAUAUCUCAAUUGAGAUGGCCACAUCUCAAGUACUCAGUAGCCACAUUUGGCCUGAGACCACGACUCUGGGCAGCACAGCUUUAGGUGAGUCUAAGGCAGGGCACAGGGGGGCAAUUAGGAUCAGGUGUGGAGCCUGGGGCCUUGUUUAGCAGCCUUUGGUGAGGGCACAUUCUUUCCAUAAAACCCAGGUCAAGCGUGCCUCACAAAGGGGCCAGUGGACGUGCCUCAGUUUGCUUGUGAGCUUGGCAUCUCCAGCUUGCCUUCCUACACAACACAAACACGAACACCGCCAAUCCUAAGUAAAGUAAUGAGGAGCCCAAGUUUCUGUCUGUACAACACGGACAACACAGACAACCUCUGGAGGGACUGUCUGUGUGUUUGUGUUCACGGUAGAUGACAUUCAGUGUGUAUUUCUGAAUAUUACCUGUUGAAGUGUAGGUUUGCGUGUGAGGUUAUUGCAGGGGACUGGGUGGACUAUUUUCUCCUGGGGUGUGUUUCACUCGUCAGUUGUUGGUCGGCAUGAGAAGGUGAAAUUUUGCUAAUGUGGGUUAUCCGUGGAUCCUUCUCGCCACCUUGAGUCGUGGAAACUGGAAUGCAUUUGGAAGAUAGGAACGGUGCUCUUCUUUCUUACCCUGGCUCGCCAUUUUUACAUUGGUUUUUGAAUGGACCUCAGGCGCCCUAGGACUUGUGCUCUUGGUGGAUCCCACAGAACGCCGGAAACAGACAGACCGACUUGCGUGUUUCACGGUGUCCACUUCCAAUGAGUUGAAACGGAAAAUUUUCCCACUGUCAUGUAAGUCAUUUGGAAGUAAGUCGUAUUGAUAGUCAAGGAAAUCACACACAGGAGUGUGUGUCUUCAACGAAAAUAAAUUCAGAAAGCCCUGAAAUCAAUCUCAUUUGUUGGGUUUACAGAUGGCAUCUGGGGAGAUUCCGGGUCAUUCGUCCAGCUGCGAAAGGUGCAUCUCUGAAGCCCAGUCCCUGUCCUGCAAUCAGACUUAUUUAUCCGACGUGGUGUUUCAGUGGAAAUGAUUGUGGGAAAUGGCCCCUACCUUUUCUGUAUUUCCUGAUUAGAUUUCAUGGUCCCUUUCUCGUUAGGUGCAGUGAUCAGAGUUGACCAACCCCUGAGGAAGGUUGUCCAGUGCAAAACCCAGGGCUCGGUAGAACCGCAGAAUCUUGGGUGAAACCCUGCUCAAGCACCCAAAUGUGCACACGAACAGGGUUUCUGUGUGACGUGUGUGAAAACUACAGUGUGAUGCGAAUGACUCGCAGACAGUUUAUCCAUUGGGCUCCCCUCAAAAUCAGUUAUGAGCAUGAAAGGACACUGAUGCCCAGGUCCCGGCUCCAGGAAUAAGACCCUCCAGGGUCUAGUGUGAAGCCACGGCAUCUGGACUGCUCAGGCUUCUGGGGAUCAUUCUCCUGAGAAUGGUGGUUCCUUCCACCCUGUGGAGCAUCUUUCAAAACAGUGCUCCUUUCUUCCCCCAGGACACUCGACAUCAGGCGCAGGAAGCCUUCUGAUUGAGCACACCUGGCCCAUGAAAAGACAAGGGAAAGAAACGGGGCCGAAGGUCACAGUCCUCUCAUUCCACCAUCCUCCUUCAAAUCAUCCUAAUUUCAUGGGCCCUGAGGCCAGGGCUGUUUCUUUACACCACGAGGCCUUGGCGCCGGGACUCAAUUCUGCCCUGUUGCUUACUGUCUGAGACAUUUUGGGAAAAUCCCUAGAGCCAGGAUCUCCAUUCCUGGUAAGCCAGAGAGCCUGAAGACACACCCAAAUUCUGACCCUCUUAGCUCAGGGAACAUGUCCACCUUCGUCAGCAUUAAAAUUUUUGCACCAGAUGUGCUAACUGCAAUUCCACCAUACAAUGCCUAACUGGAAAUGGAGGCAACAUCUCAGAUCCUGAACAAUUGAUGCGAGAAUCUGUGAGACACACGGCUUAUUUGGGCCUUUUGCUACUGAAACAAGGGCCAGUAAUAACAACGUUAUACAAUCCUCUGAUUCACUCCCUGCUUUUAAACCUCUGUGAUGCUUUCUUCUCGAGACAGGGCCCCACUCCCGUCACCCAUGCUUUUCUACGGUAUAAUUUUCCUUGUUUGCUUUUGUCAAAUUGAGAACUUUUUAUUUCAUCUCUAUCAAAUGUUGGUCCAUUAUAACAUACGUAUGAAAAUAUUACCGCACAUACUGUGAGAUAUGUUGCUUUUAUUUUCAUCAUUUCUUUCAUAAACCAAAGGUUUUAGUUGGGAUACCUUCUGAUAUCUCAAGACUUUUGUUUCAUGUUUUCUUAAACUGACGUCGGACGUCUGAAACCACUGACUGUAGCAUGUCAUGACUAUUUCUCUUUUCUGGUAAACCUCAAUUUGGGGAAUGUCAUCAAUUAGUCUCUCGGUGAUUGCAUGAUUUCACGAAAGUCUUUCACAUUCUACUUUGUGCACUGAGUAUCUCUUCAAACUUCAGUGCAUGUUUCUACCACUUGAUGCUUUAUUAUAUGGGAAUCUAACUUUCACAAGAGCAUUUCAGGCAAAGACUUGUCUUGUUCCCCACUGGCAGGCAAUUUCACUCGGAUACACAAUCAAUAGGCUGAGCAUGGAAAGGUUACCGCUGGAAGGUCUGUUUGAUUCCACGGAUCUCUCCUUUCUUAUUGAGGAAAAAAAAAUACGCUGUGCUAAUUACUGUACUUCAUUGACUAUUCUCCAGUCAGAAAGCGCACUUCCGACUUCUUGUCCUUCAAGAAGCACAAAAGCACACACUUGAAAGUACAUCCCAGCACAAACACACACACACACACACACACACAAACACGGACACACACACACAAGCGCGCACACACACACGGCUUCAUAGGUAAAGAUUUCUUCCCUGACAUUGUUUUACCUAAAAUAAGGCAAGUGUGUGGCCACUGUCCCAACCCGGUUACACUCGUACUCUACGUGCCUAUCAGCCUGAGGAGUAAUUGGAUUCAGGUGUUCUGGAAAGCAUGAUGUGGGCUGUGUCUGUUGAAUUCCCAGCAAUGCAAGGGGACACACCCUGUGACUCCUUCCUUAAUUGAGUGCUGAUAUUUGAUUGGUUUAUCGCGCACCUGAUGGGUGGGUGGGGUGUUCGCGGUUGGUGGGGGUGAGGUAUAUAAGGGCUGAUGCGGCCAGACAGCUCCUCAUUUGAACACCCUCUCGGAAGAGAUAGCGUCUUUCUGCAACCCGCGGUCCCAGCAGAAAAACCUUGUGAUCCUUGUUCCAGGCGACAUGGAGGACGACUCACUCUGCUUGGGAGGGGAGUGGCAGUUGAACCGCUUUUCAAAACUCACAUGUUCUGGGCCAGGUGCAGCUUUUGCUGAAAUCCAGCGGACUUCUCUCCCUGAGAAGUCACCACUCUCAUCUGAGACCCGUGUCGACCUCUGUGAUGAUUUGGCUCCUGUGGCAAGACAGCUUGCUCCCAGGGAGCAGCUUCCUCUGAGUAGCAGGAGACCCGCUGCGGUGGGGGCUGGGCUCCAGAAUAUGGGAAAUACCUGCUACGUGAAUGCUUCCCUGCAGUGCCUGACAUACACACCGCCCCUUGCCAACUACAUGCUGUCCCGGGAGCACUCUCAAACUUGUCAUGGUCACAAGGGCUGCAUGCUCUGUACUAUGCAAGCUCACAUCACACGGGCCCUCCACCGUCCUGGCCAUGUCAUCCAGCCCUCACGGGCAUUGGCUGCUAGCUUCCAUAGAGGCAAGCAGGAAGACGCCCAUGAAUUUCUGAUGUUCACUGUGGAUGCCAUGAAAAAGGCAUGCCUUCCCGGGCACAAGCUGGUGGAUCAUCACUCUAAGGACACCACCCUCAUGCACCAAAUAUUUGGAGGGUACUGGAGAUCUCAAAUCAAGUGUCUCCACUGCCAGGGCAUUUCAGACACCUUUGACCCUUACCUGGACAUCGCCCUGGAUAUCCAGGCAGCUCAGAGUGUGAAGCAAGCUUUGGAACAGUUGGUGAAGCCCGAAGAACUCAAUGGAGAGAAUGCCUAUCAUUGUGGUCUUUGUCUCCAGAAGGCGCCGGCCUCCAAGACGUUAACUUUGCACACUUCUGCCAAGGUCCUCAUCCUUGUAUUGAAGAGAUUCUCCCAUGUCACAGGCAACAAACUUGCCAAGAGUGUGCAAUAUCCUGAGUGCCUUGACAUGCAGCCAUACGUGUCUCAGCAGAACGCAGGACCUCUUGUCUAUGUCCUCUAUGCUGUGCUGGUCCACGCCGGGUGGAGCUGUCACAACGGACAUUACUUCUCUUAUGUCAAAGCUCAAGAAGGCCAGUGGUAUAAAAUGGAUGAUGCCGAGGUCACUGCCUCUGGCAUCACUUCUGUCCUGAGUCAACAGGCCUAUGUCCUCUUUUACAUCCAGAAGAGUGAAUGGGAAAGACACAGUGAGAGUGUGUCAAGAGGCAGGGAAGCAAGAGCCCUUGGCGCUGAAGACACAGACAGGCGAGCAACGCAAGGAGAGCUCAAGAGAGACCCCUGCCUCCAGGUACCCGAGUUGGACGAGCACUUGGUGGAAACGGCCACUCAGGAAAGCACCUUAGACCACUGGAAAUUCCUCCAAGAGCAAAACAAAACCAAGCCUGACUUCAACGUCAGAAAAGUCGAAGGUACCCUGCCUCCCAACGUACUUGUGAUUCAUCAAUCGAAAUACAAGUGUGGGAUGAAAAACCACCAUCCUGAACAGCAAAGCUCCCUGCUAAACCUCUCCUCAACGAACCCGACAGAUCACGAGUCCAUGAACACUGGCACACUCGCUUCUCUGCAAGGGAGGACCAGGAGAUCCAAAGGGAAGAACAAACACAGCAAGAGGGCUCUGCUUCUGUGCCAGUGA